AUGACCGAAACGAGUGCUGCGGCGUUGUCGGCUUUGGAACGACCUGUCACUGCUGUCUUGAGAGAAAGCCGACCGCCAUCUCGGCGUGACGAGCGUCGUCAGGAAGACGAUCGCGAAGCCCUCGAGCUACAGGAAAUCCAAACCCGCGAGGAUGACGAGCUGGAAUGUUCAUCAGCAUCUGCUUCGUCUGGUGACGAGUAUCGGGUCCCCACAAGUCGGAUUGUGUCUCGUGUCACGACUCAGCGUUCACACCACAAUCGCACCGGACUGUGGAGCCGGAUUUGUCGAUUUUGGACACACCAUGUCACUCUGACGGUGCCUCGGAAAAGCAACAGGGACCAUUAUGCUUUGGAGAGGACUUUCCUCGCUUAUAUCCGUACGUCGGUGGUUAUCGCAAUGCAAGGGGUGGUCAUCGCACAGCUGUUCCGCCUUCAACGUGCCCCAACUGCCGAGGAUCGCCUGAGAUUCUACCAGGUCGGUAUUCCGCUUGCCGUCAGUUGUCACUGUGUCGCCGUUAUUGUCGCUUUGAUCGGGGCCUAUCGAUUUUGGAGACAGCAAAGUGCUAUCUCUUUGGGCAAAGUUCAUGCUGGGGGCUGGGAGCUCAAUUCGGUCGGGAUCCUACUCUUUGCGAUCAUCCUUGUCACUUUGAUUGUUUCUGUUACCAUCAUGGUUGAAAUCGACGAUGCACAAAACAAUUUACUCAAACGCAUAUUGCGACGAUGA